GUGCCCAGGGCCCUGGGAGAGAGCUGGGCGAGAGUACACCUUGUUCCGAGGCCUGGGCGACAGUGGACGGGACUGACUGCUGGCAAGGAGGCACGGCUCUACCAGGAAAUUGCAAAUGAGAGGAAGCAGCAGGACUUAGGCGUUGGGGACCGAGGUGCCUGGCGAGCAGGUCCUGCCCUCUUUGCUGCCGGGCCCUGGGGCCUGGGCUGAGGCCGCAGGUGGCGGGAGCUGGAAGGGCGUCGUGUAGUCUUCAGGACACAGCAGAGUGCCUGCCUGCCGAGCCCCCGGGUUAUGACGACCCCCAAUAAAGGAAACAAGGCCUUGAAGGUGAAGCGGGAGCCUGGCGAGAAUGGCACCAGCCUGACGGACGAGGAGCUGGUGACCAUGUCGGUGCGGGAGCUGAACCAGCACCUGCGGGGCCUGUCCAAGGAGGAGAUCGUGCAGCUGAAGCAGCGCCGGCGCACGCUCAAGAACCGCGGCUACGCCGCCAGCUGCCGCGUGAAGCGGGUGACGCAGAAGGAGGAGCUGGAGAAGCAGAAGGCGGAGCUGCAGCAGGAGGUGGAGAAGCUGGCCUCGGAGAACGCCAGCAUGAAGCUGGAGCUCGACGCCCUGCGCUCCAAGUACGAGGCCCUGCAGAACUUCGCCAGGACCGUGGCCCGCGGCCCCGUGGCGCCGGCUCGGGGCCCCCUUGCCGCCGGCCUGGGGCCCCUCGUCCCCGGCAAGGUGGCUGCCACCAGCGUCAUCACGAUAGUAAAGUCCAAGACGGACGCCCGGUCGUAGGGACGCGCACUUGCGCGGGCGGGUCUGCGAGGGGCCACUAGGCGUGUGUGAUUUCAGCAGCCCUGCCCCCUUCCUCCUCUGCCCUCCCUCCCCUCCUCCCUCCUCCCCUCCCUGCAAAGCACAACCCGCACCCCAGGGGCGCCGGGCUGAGCCCCUUGAUCUCGUCGUUGUCAUCGUGUGUUUUGUGUGUUGGGAUUGGUCAGUUCGGCGGUGACGUGGGGUCACCCAGCCCACUCCGCGCCAAGGCCACGUGGGCUCCAGGUGCGGAGUUGGCCCCGUGGGGACGGAUGGAGAGACGGAGCGGCCGUGGGGCCCCAGCGUCCCGAGCCGGGGCCACUCCAGGGCAGGAGGGCGCUCCGUUCCGGGCGGCCCACGGGCCCUGGCAGCGGCCGGGCUGCCGGGAUGCGGGGCGGUUCGCUCGCAGCUCGGCCAGCAGGCAUAGGUGGGCUCUGCCUCGAGGAGCCGGGUGUCCUUGGGUGCCCUGGACGGGCGGCCCGGCGGGGGGAGCGGUGUCGGCGGGGGGAGCGGUGUCGGCGGGGGGGCCCGGGCCCGUGGCGCGCUCGCCUGGCGCGCUUUACUGAAGGAGACCGAGCGGCUGGCGGUGCGCGCGAGAGCGUGAGGGCGUCCAGUGUCCUGCGGUGGGCCCCGUGUCACUGUUUACACGACCUGUCUGUGUGGUUACAUAGCCCUUUAUUUAAAGAGAGAAGUUUCUUUUACGAAGUUAUUAAAUUAUAUGUUUAAAAGCUAAAGGAAAAAAAAAGCUGCAGAGUAUUUAUAAAACUGUCUUUUUACAAAAAACAAACAAGAGCAUUUGACCGUAUAAAUGGAAAAGGGAAAGAAAUAUAAUAGAAACUUUGCUAGUUUAAAAAAAGAAGAAAAAAAAGCAAAAAAAAAUCCCUUUCUUGUAAACUUACAGACAAGUCUUUGUGGCUGUUGGAGUUUAGUUUUUAUAUACACAGAGUUAUCAGAUGUUAUUUAUAAAACUUAGUUUAAAAAAGACAAAAGACAAAAAAACAAAAAAAGCCCAGCUGCGAGCGACCAGAAGGCGCGCCCGCCGCCCUCUUUGCUGACUCUUCUGCAAUUGUACCGAAAGUGACUUACUCCCCGCCCCUCCCGCUUCCGCCCCCUGCCGGUGCCCGUGCCGUGUCGUCCUGCCUGGUGAGGUCUUGUGCAGCGUCUCGUGCUGGUGCUUCUGGUGACCUUUGACCUGUGGGUGUCGCUUCUCGUGUCCGUUCUCCCGUGUUUGUUUUCGGAAUUGGUUGUGUUUUGCUUCUGCUGGCUUGCAGGGCGCAGGCUGGGGUGCCGGGCAGGGCCCGCUCCGACAGUUUCGGGGGGUGGGGUGGGCGGGGGGGAGGUUCUGUGCCCACCAGCCCAGUGCCUGGUGUCUUCGACCUCGCUGCCCGCUCCAGGCCUCCAGGAGGUCUGAUUCAGGGCUCUGGCGCCCCCAGACCUGCUGCCCUUGGCUUCGCAUGUGUGUGUCAGGCUUGGGCUGAUCCAGCGGCAGCAGGGUGGGUGAAACUGGGGGCUGUCCCGGGGGCCCCGCACGCUGCUUCCGUGCUCGCCACCUCUGGCCCCGGGUGGGGGCUUUGCAGAGACCAGGGAGUCACUGUGGGUGCCCGCAGGGCCACAGCCAGACGGCCCGCCCUGCCUGUCUUCCUUCUGGGGUUCGGUUGCCCCGCCCCGGCUCUGGCCGCUGCACCCCACUUUGUUUCACAUGGGCCUCAGCCGGGGCACCCAGGGGCCUACUGACCCCAGAACUGCUUCCGUGCUGCGGGGUGGUGCUUCCUAGGCAGAGCCGGGCGGUUCCGGGGUCCACCUGGGGCAGCCCCUGGCGCCUGCCUGAGGGCCUGGGGUGGCCACCGGGGCCGGACAAGGGCUGCGUCUCCAGGGCCAGGGCCCUCCCUUCCUCUCCCUGAACACGUUGGCAGCUCUGGGCUUCCGGCCUUCUUCCGCCUCCCUUUGGGGCCCAUCUUCCAGGGAUCCGAUGCUUGGCUUGUGGGGGUGCUGGUCUCCGGGGCUGAGCCUGCCCCCCCAUCCUGGCCUCUGCCGGUGAAGGCCGCCGGUUUCCCAUGCCUGGCCGGGAAAGCUCCUUGUAGUCACAGGAGCCUGCGCUGUCCGUCCCCAGGAGGCCAGUGCCAUCUCCAGGGGCAGCCGCCUCUGCGUGGGGCUGCCGGUUGGCUUCUCCGGGGCCCCUGAACGCCUGUGAAAGCACAGCAGUGCAACAGUGCGGCCUGGCAGGGUGUCAGCUGGCGGGCAGCUGGGUUUUCAUCCCAGUGAUCGGCCCCGCGCCUGUGGGGCAGGAGCAGGGGCGUGGUGUCGGCUUCCACCUUGUCAGUGGGCUUCCCUGGGCCCAGAUGUUUGCAGACUCUCCCGGCUGCACCUGGGUCGCCUGCCAGGCUGGUUUUGACGGUUGGCGCCAGACCGCUCGGUGGCGUCCUCCCCUCCAGUCUCUGCCUCUGUCUUGGGGUCCAGACAGAGGUUGUUGGUGGUUGUAGCAGCAGUGCCCUGGAACCAAAUUGUAACGACCCCUAAAGAGAGGUCGUGCCCAGUCCCGGUGCUGAGAGGGACAGGCCCUCCGUGGCCAUUCACCGUCCCCACUUGUGUCCCAGCUGGGAGGCGGUUGUCCGUCUCCGCACACCUCGGCCAGGCUGCGGACCUGGGGAAUGGAGGGAAGAGGUGGGUGAGGAAGGAAUGAGGAGGGCUUUCCGGCGGGCGGUGCUGAGCAGAAAUGGCAGGUCCUUGGUUUGGUGUACAGGAGAAGCGCCCGGAGUCAGUGAGGACGUGGUUCCUUUCGGAGUUUCUGGGCGUGAAGCAGCUGCCCCUGGGUCGGGGGGGGCGCCCCGCUCCCACGAAGCCUGCCCUGCAGGGCCGCCCCCCCCCCCCCCGUGCCCCCUCCCUCGGUUUCUCGACAGCAGGUUCUGUGUCCAUGUGCGGCUGGUCGGUGUCUUUCUGGUUCUUGUUGGUCAGGUUUCCCUGCUGUGAGGGUGUCGUGUUCCCUCUUCCUCCGCUCAACUUUUUUGACACAGCAAAUCGAGGGCUUCGGCCAAAGCCACGGCUCCCAAAUGUGUCCACUAAGUAAACCAUACUGUGCCCCUCCCCGCCCCCCUCCCGCCCACCUCCUCCUCGACCCCAGAACGGACACUCAGACUUCAGAGAGCCUUGUGGGAGCGGGUCUGCUUUUUCCCCCCGAGCUCGCCCCAGGGAGCCCUCCCCCAACCCCUGGCUGCUGCUCCAGGCGGCACUGCCCUCCGUGCGGGCGAGACGGCAUGGCUGCUCAGUGGCAUUUGGGAGGUGUGCUUCUUUCUGACGGGGGCUUUUCUUCUCUCGGUCCACGCCCCAAGUCUGUGUGCCCGACCCUGACCGGCAGCAGCAGCCUCAGCGGCCAGUGCCGGGGCCAGAGCUCUGAUGUGCUGUCGCCGGCUUUGGGGCCAGUGGCCAAGCCCCACCUGGUCCCUGGUGCCUCCAGGCCCGAGGUGGCCUGCUGGCCAGAGCUCCAGUCCACAUCUGGGAAGCCUGGACCACAACCUACAGCACUGUUUCCGCUCUGGGAUCUUGUAAGCUACUUUUUUAGGCUGUGGUUUGGUGAAAGGAACCAACACAUUAACGAUUUUUUCCCCCAGAAGCCACUAAAUAAUUCUUUUUGGCGCAUUUUUGCCUUCCUGUUGGCUGUCUGGUCUCGGAGCAGAUGGGGAGCCGGUGGGGGGAGGGGUGCUCCUGAGCAGGCGGCCGGCCCCGCUCGGGCCUGGGCGCCCUGGGCCUGUGCUGCACCUGCCGGGCCGGUGGCACGCAGUUGCGCCCCACCUGGAGCAGCAGCCUUGAUGCGUGGGUCCCCAGUGAACUACGAGAGUGACCCUUCCUUCUUCCCCUCCCCUCAACCUGCCAGUCCCGGAAGCCUUUAACCAAACGGGGGCGGGGGCGGCCAGCCUUCUCCCGGCAUCUGGGGCGACGGGACAAGGGCUGCCCGGUGUGUCCUGCUCUGCUGCUCUCCUGGCGCUGAGAGGGUGGGUCCGAGCGCUGUCGUUCGCACCCUGCCAGCCCUGCCCGGGGCUGGAGCCAGGGGUAGGUGGGGGUACCCUGGGGUCUGC